CUCUGCUCCUCCAUUGUGUGUUGCGGCUCUGUUCACCCGGACACACAGUGCGCGCGCCUUCGGGAUUUUUAACUCGAACUUCCGGUCCGCUUCGGGUUCCGAGCUCAUCCUGCGCGUGGAGUUUAAAUCACACCUCGCUGUUUCUCCUCAUCCGUAUCAUCAUCAUUACGAGUGCACGUGAUCACCGGUGUCUUUGAUGUUACCUACAGAAAGCUCGGGAGGAGUGUGUUUCACCGGCAGUCAGCACUCAGAAGGACGCCCGAACGGAAUGAAAACAGAAGAAAACCAGUCAUGUCUGCAGCAGGCCCCGUCUUCCACACCUUUUGAGCAUGUGGGCGGAGGUGAGGUGUGUGCAGGGUGCGAGUCGCCCAUCGCUGACCGCUUUCUCCUGCGCGUCAACGAUCAGUCGUGGCACGAGACGUGUGUGAAGUGUGCGGUGUGUCUGAGCACGCUCAGUGGGACGUGCUACUCUCGAGACAGGCUGCUCUACUGCAAGCACGACUACGAGAAGCUGUUUGUGCGGAAGUGUAGUGCAUGCCUGCAAGUGAUUGGCCGCUCAGAGCUGAUCAUGCGUGUGCUGGGGCAGGUGUAUCACCUGGGCUGCUUCAGCUGCUGCGAGUGCGAGCGCCGGCUGCAGAGAGGUGACGAGUUUGUGCUCAAGGAAGGUCAGCUGCUCUGUCGUGGAGAUUAUGAGAAGGAGAGAGAGAUGCUCGCUGCCAUCAGCCCUGCGCCCACCGAGUCAGUAAAGAGCGAGGAUGAGGAAGGUGGCAGCAGCUCCAUGGGAGGAAAAGCUGGGGAUGACAGUAAAGAGCAUAAAAGAUCUAAGCGGCCACGCACUAUCCUAACCACACAGCAGCGCCGCGCCUUCAAGGCGUCCUUUGAGGUGUCCUCCAAACCCUGCCGAAAGGUGAGAGAGACCUUAGCAGCUGAAACUGGGCUGACGGUCCGAGUCGUCCAGGUCUGGUUCCAAAAUCAGAGAGCAAAGAUGAAGAAAAUCGCUCGCAGGCAGCAGCAACAGCAGCAGCAGCAGGAACAGGAGCAGAUCGGGGGUAACAGGAGGGGUCCGAGCAGGGGAGGACGACUGAGUAACGACGACAGCGAGGACGGUUCGAGCAGUCACGGGUUAGACGGCAUGCUCUCGUACUCCUCCAUGCCACGACAGCAGCUUUUGGCUCUCGACCCAAACCUGUACGGGGGUGAGCAGUUCCGGCAUGGUCUUACACCCCCGCAGCUAGGCCCCGAGCAGAUGCACCCAUAUGACUCAGAAACCGUUUUUCAUGACUUGGACAGCGAUGGAAGCCUGGGUCACCUCGGCGAUUGUCUCUUGGCGACGGCAGAGGGAGGGGUGCUGGCAGGACGCGUGGGAAAUCCGAUUGACCGCCUGUAUUCGAUGCAAAACUCCUACUUCACCUCGUGACCCCUCUUCACCUCUGACCCCAGACUAACUCCACCGCAGUCCACAAGAGAAGCAGCAAACAAACAGACAAAGCCUCGCUCAAAGCCCAGCGUGUUUGCCCAACUAAGCCUGCCGGAUCUCUUGUUUGCAAUCACACAUGAGUUUACGUCAGUCAUGAUCCUGUAGGAAUACCGCCAUAUAAUAACGAUUUAAACAGCAAACAGGAAAUGAUGCGCUUUAGAGUUCGACUAUGAAUAAGAUAAUUGUAGCCUCAAUUGUAGGCUUAGUCAAUAUUAAUAAAAAAAAACACACACAGACACACACAGUUCCAUCAUAGGCAUGCUGUAUAUUUGAUUAGGCAGCUGAUCACCUUCACUGUACCUCAUCAUUCAUCAUUCAAAAAGUUAGACAAAAAAUUGUCAUUUGCGAAAACACAAUACACACACAGGGAAUAAACCUUGCAUAGGAAGUCUUGCAUCCAUAUUAUCAUGUAGAAGUAGGCAAAUUAGAUACGCAUCACCUUUACAAUUAAGAUCAAAUUAGAUCAUUAUUUCACCUUUACAAUUAAGUGCAAAAGUUUGUACACCCCAGGCUCAAAGGAAGAAAUUAUGUAAAGCAAUAAGAAAACUAAUUAUAGAAAGCAAAUGGUCCAUUCUUGUAUUUUAAUAUUUAUAGUGAAAAAUGGUUCUUACUUUCUGCUUGUGAUAUAAGUAUUUACCAUUUAUGACCAUGCUUUUUUCUUUUGCCGUUUUUUUUUCAACAGCUUUUCAGGUGUCGUAUUUGUCCCUUAAAUCCUUUUUUGUUACAGGUCUGCCGUUUUAUUGUAGUUUAACUUUGACAUGCAUGUCCUUUAUUCGUUUACACAAAAAAGAAAAUGCCACAUUUACUUUAACUGCCGUGGCAAAAAAGUACAAUUAUUUUCAGCAAUUAAAAAGAGAAGCAAUGGGGUACAAACUUCUGCACUCAUCUUUAUACAAUGUGGUAUAAUAACAAAGCAAAAAACAGACCAUAAGAGGAGUAUUUUAUGAUUUCUAGGAAUAAUUGUCAUUUCUAAUUUUCUCAGCUUACAUGUACACAAUCUACGCUUUUGUUCUCUCUAUUAUCCUCACACUAUUACACUUUAAUUACCAGGCCUUUGAUGAUGUAAUUCAGGAGUAUUAGGACUCAAAAGACUAAACCGAGCAGCACACUGGAGUCUUAAGGAGUCUCGGUAGGGUUCAGAGAGCAAAGGAAAAGGGUGCAUACCAAAGUGAUUAAGACGAGGCCAACACAAAUCCACCCGGUGAGACAGGGUCAGUUAGACUUACGUGGGAUUAAAUUAUUAAAUACUGGAAUUUUUGCCAUACAUAACAUGUACACUGCCAGUAAAACGUUUCUGGAUGUUUUUUUUUUUUUUACAGUUUUGGUUAAAAUAGGUUGAAGAUUAAUGCUAAAUUAUUAAUGUAAGU